AUGGAUUCGCCACCAAACACCGCCAGGCCGACAUGGCUCAAUCAGCUACCAGACCACAGUAUCUUUGAGCUCAACGAACAAGAGUACCUCGAAUGGAGCCAACAGACCGCUGCCGCUGCCGCCCACGAGAAGGAGGCCAACAAGUCCACAGCUACAACCACUACCAACAACGAUUCUACAAACCAAGGAUCGCUCGCUUCUCGUUUUUCAUUCGGAACUUCUACCACAAAAUCUACUACCCCUCCUCCGUCGGCUUGGCCUAAACCAGAGCCAGUCAAGGAUUCAUAUGGACUGGACGACCUGAGCGAGGAGUACCAGGGGGCAUAUCAAGGACUGUCUUGUAUGGCUGUUCGGGGUCAGGAUCUGUAUGUUGCUGUGGGGCGACAGAUCCGCUAUGCCAGUCUUGAGGAGCUCAAGAUGGGUGUUGAGUAUCGUGGACGGGAAUCUGCGAUCGAGUAUAUUGACAAGCGACAGCACAAGGUGUUGAAGGUCCAGGAUGUGGAUUUCGAUAUCAGGCGACUCGUUCUGAACCAGGACGGCAAACUGCUGGCGAUUGUAGGAGACGAAAAGAUUGUGAUUGCAGCAGCGCCUUCGAAAUCAAGCAAGCAGGAUUCUAAGCCAGUCAUUAAGUGCAAGUCGUUUGUUCUCGGAGAAUUUUACCACAUCAACAAGGGCGAGUCCAAGGUCGUCAAGGUCCUUUGGCACCCCCUCAGCAAGGGGUUCACACACUUGGUCGUCCUCACCCAUGACGGUCUUCUCAGAAUGUAUGAUGUGGCGGCAAAUAUUGACGAACCAGAGCAGAUCUUUAGCUUCAGGGACGAAGGAGUAGCAUCAAGGGCAUACGGCAUGGAGGUUCUUCAGGCAGCUUCGUUUUGCUUUGGCUCUAAGUACUCACCAUGGGGUCAGCUCGCAGUGUAUGGUCUGACUCGGGAAGGCGAUCUCUACAUGGUUUGCCCAGUGAUGCCACAGACCUGCACGUUGAAUGCAGCGGAUCUAGACGAAAUUCGCAAUCAGAUUGACGAGAGCGCAUCACAGGAGUCAUUCGAGACGGCAUUGGUGAAGAAGAACUGGAUCAACAAGGUGGUGGAGAGCGUUCAGCCUCACCCAUUCUCGGAAGAGAUCGUCCUGGUGCAGAAUCCCACUCUCAAGAGCGGCAAGGUUUCUCGACAGGGACCAUUCCUCUAUAAGCCAGCGCCUAUCGAUCUGGAUGAUGACGACAACAGGGCAUAUGACAUUCUCUGUUUGGAGAAUGAGGUGGCCGAGGUCCUUGCGAUGGCUCACUCCAGCGGAAAAGUCGAUAUCUGCAUUGCUCUUGAUCGCCCCACAGGACGCUGGUCAUUACCAUCAAAGUCAAAAACCCGCGGGACAUAUGGGCUAGAUGAUGAUGAUGAUGAUGAUGAGGAGGAGAGGCUGCCAGAGGUAGCUGUGUACGAGUCGGUCGAUCUGGGUCUUCUCAAAGUCUUUGCAACAACCAGUACAUCAUCAAGUGGAGCUUAUGGACUCACUGAAACGAGAAUGGGUAUCGUAAACCGACCCGUACUGGUGGCCGACACGAUGUACGGCGACACAUUCUACAUAUACCACGAGGCAGGAGCACAUUGCAUAUCAAUUCGUCCCUGGCUGGACGAGUUGACAGCUAUCUACGAGUCUGGAUCGAGCAGCCAACAGCACAUUGCCCUGAUGAACAAGUUUUUCGUGUCCAAGAUCAAGUCUGCUGUCGGAUCUGUCGCCAACACCCGCCCCACCAAAACAAGCCCGCCUGCUCCAAUCAUUGGAUUGUCGAUUGUGACGGACGCGUACUUGGACUACUCUCUUCUGCUGUUGACAUCCUCAUUACAGCUCAUCGGAAUGGAGCUGACUCCUCGACCCAGGAAAAGCGCCACCAGUGGUGCCACUCCAUCGCCAGCAACAUUCACAGGGUCACUGACAACACCUCUAGACGACGGCGGUAGCACAUACACAGUUUCCCUCUCAGAGCCAAUGUUUGACAAGCAAUGUGGAUUGAUGGCAUUGAACGGACUGCCACUGCAGCCCCAGGUUAUUCUCCCACCAGGCGUUGGGUCAGCCAAGAUUGUUGUCACGGAGGAGAAUUUGAAGUUCUUGGGCCAAAUGGUUCAGGGCGUUCGGGAGUCGCUGCGCGAGGUCUUUACCGCCUGCGAUCUUACUCAACUGAGACUGGUCGCACAGGAGAAAGAAUAUGCUCGUCAACAGGAUGUGGUGCAGAAGACGUAUGAGCAUAUCACAGGGACGCUCGGCGCAAAAGUACAGAAGCAGAUUGACAGACUGGAUGCUCAGAUUGCUCGGCAAAGCGCCCUGAUGGCGCGUGCAGAUGGUCUGCUGCAGAAAGUCAUGGAGUCUCGGGAGCCCGCAUUGAGUCCUGCCGAGAAGGAGUGGAUGGCCGAUGUGAAAAAAAUGGACAAGGUCGUCAAGGCACUCGACGCAAGGCGGCACCACGUUGGAACACAGUACGAGGUCCUGAAGCGGAGAUUGGCAGAGAUGAAACAGCAGCUGGCGUCGGGACAGAGCAUUUCUGAAGACCCUAACAGAAGGGUCAGCUACUCUCUCUUGGAUCGUUCGGGAAGCCCAGAUUUUACCAAGUCCUGGUCGCCACGCCGUGCAUCUACUGUUGUUGGCAAGCGACAGCCUGUCAAGCAAUACGGAGAUGCCCAAAUCAAGCCUAUCGAAUCGGCUAUCGCUGACCAGUAA